AAAACCUUUUAUUGUGAAAUUUGCAAUUCAAAUAAUCAUAUGGAAAAAAACUGUCCUACAAUAUGGAGAUCUUAUAUUUCUAAAGAUGGACUUGAUGAAAAUGUUUCCCUACCUGAAAAUAUUUUUUGCACAAAUUGUGGUAAAAGGGAUCAUUUUUGCGAUGAGUGUCCGAAAAAGAUAAUGUCUAAUAUA